AUCCCAGAGUCCUCCUCUCCCAUGUCCCCUGGGCUGUCCCGCAGGUCGCCCCUGCUGCAGCCCCCCAAUGGCCAGCGCACCCCUCCAACAGAGAGACGCUCCCCACUGCUCAGUAGGAGGAAGCUGGCUCCAACUCCAGAGACCCUCAAACAGAGCCAGGAACCUGCCCUGGAGACAACCAGCACUACCAAGACUGAGGAGAAACCAGCUGAGAAGGACAAGCAUAACCCAUUCAAAGCUCCUCAGGUCAUCAGGAAGAUUAGAGGAGAGCCCUUCUCAGAUGCGGCAGGACAUCUGAAGCUGUGGUGCCAGUUCUUCAACGUUCUUAGUGACUCCACAAUUAAGUGGAUCAGGGAUGAGGGGGAGAUCGCUGAGGUUAAAAGAAGUGCAGGAGAUGAGACUCAGGUAGCGUUGGCUAUUGUCCAGACGUCCAGCAGAGACUGUGGAGUUUAUGGCUGCACCAUCACUAAUGAAUACGGGACAGACACAACAGAUUACCUACUGAGUGUUGACAUACUCUCUGGCAUGUUUCAGCGUGAGGAUCAAGAAGUGGGAGAGGAGAUAGAGAUGAGUCCACUACUGUUCACCAAGGGCCUGGCUGACUCUGGCGUCUGGGGAAGUAAGUUCUUUGGGCGUAUCAUGAUGGAGGAGGCCCAUAUAGGAGAGGGCUGCUCCCACAAGGCCUGCAGAGUGAAGGUCAUCUAUGGGCUGGAGCCAGUGUUUGAGUCUGGGACCACAUGUUACAUCAAGGUGAAGAGCCCCAUCGCCUACUACGGAGUCAAGGAGGAGAGCAACCUGGUCGAGAGGAACCUGGCAAUCACCCAACAGGAAUGUAGACUUCAGAACAUCGCUCGUGAAUACUGCAAGAUCUUUGCUGCGGAAUGUAGGGUGAUAGGAACCUUUGGAGAAGUGCUGGAAGUGAUCCCAGUCCACCAUAUGUAUCGGCCUGCCAACACCAUUCCCCAUGCCACGGUGGAGUCUGACCUGAAGGGGGUCUAUCUGAGGUACUGUCUGAUGGACGCUACGGGCCGGCUGGUCAUGAGAACUGGCUCAGAGGCGGCACUGAAGUGUUGUACUCUGCAGCACUGGAUCCUCCAGUGGACCAAUGGAAACCUGCUGCUCACUCGGAUGGAAGGUGUUGACUUCAAGAUCACAAACAUUGGAAUUUCCAUCAAAUCGAAAGGGUACCAAAGUCUCACGAUCACAGAGAACCCCAAUGUGUUUGAGCAGUUUGUCUCUCAGCACAAGUGUAACUACUACUGCGGCCUCCUCAGGCUGAGAUCCCUGAAGACACAGGACUCCCUGCAGACCCCAGCCAAACCCAAGUGCUCCAGGAGCCCCCUGCUCCACCGCAAGAUGGGCAGCUCCUCCAGUCCCCAGCCCUCCAGGAAGGCCACAGGAAGCCCCGGAGAUCAGAAAGCCAGCACAGCCAGAGGACAGCAAAGCCACCGACAAGCACAAGGCCGUUGAUGUUCCCAAUGUUGUCCGAAGUUAGAAAGCAAGCAACUGCUUUUCUCAAUAAAGAGAAUAAAUGCUGAACCAGAUAUGGAAUUACUGCCAGACUUGUCCUCCCACCUAUAGAGCUUUCGGGGAGCUGGGAGACGGUCUGGGAUGAAAGGCUGGUGACCCCUCCUCCAAGCCGUGACAGACAGACAGAAAGACAGACAGAGACAGACAGAAAGAUGAGAUCAGAAGGAGAAAGAGAAGGCCAGGUGAAGGAAGAACUUGAAUGUUUCCAGAAAUGACAGAGGCUUCAUCCACAUCUUUUCAUGAAUUCUGUGUUAAAAUAAACAAUGAAAUGCCACCUCAGUUUUAAUGGGCAUGUCGCCUCUGUUGCCAGAAUCGGAGACAAUGAAAUGAAUGACACACUAGUAUGUCCUUCAAAUUAUUAAAUUACACAUUAAUUUCACUAAUGAAUACAUUCUUAAUUUAUUGAGUAGAUCACAUAAAAUUUUAGGCUAAAGCUUUCACAUUAUACAGGGAUUCCUAUUGCAUAUAGGUAAUAACUGGAAGUAGUAAUUCACAGUAGUAAUUCACAAGGUUAGCACGCCAGCUCGAUUCAGGUCCCAACAGCAUGAACAUCUAGGGGAAAUAAAUUUAAAGGGAUUGUUAUGGAGUUAAAGGUUAUCUUCAAUGGUGAACAGUGCUCAGGAUAAUAGUUCUGUUAAGAAAACUAUGCCCUAAGAAUGUAGCGUAUAUUGUUUUCCAUGACACUGUGAAUAAAAACGUGGUGCUUUUUAUACUGUAAAUGUGCCUACGUUUUCAUGUUGCAGUGAAUGCUCACGGGAUGCAAUGGCUGUAAAUUAAAAUGAAAUAUAUUGAAAUGAA